AUGCUGUUCUCGGAAGGGAUGCCAAGUCCUCACGAUGGCUCGACUCCCCUGAUCGAGCACAACUCUGACAUUCUCGACUCCAGCAUCCGCUCCACGCCAUGCCCUCGAGAACGAAGACGGACCUCACCUGCACACAGCGAGUCCACCCUACUACAACCGUCCAGCAACCGAGCAACUCCAGGCGGACUUGAUGUCUUCGAGCCUCCGAAAGACGAGGCUAGGGACCAUGGUGCUGCAGCGGGAACACAAGAGCAACUCCGGCUCCAGGAGUCUAUCGCCUCGCUACGUCGAAAGCUAGAAGCAUCGACAGCUCUCGUCGACAGAUUCCACUUGCGCAACGAAGUCAUUCGUCUCGAGAAAGAAUUGAACGAGAAGAAGCUCGAGCAAGCACGAAGCGAGCAGCAGUCGGCAAAAGAAGAUGCAUCCACGGCUGUUGAAGCUGGCCGAAAGAAAGAGGUCGCAUUGAGCUCGAUCUUGUGCAUCCUGCUGCUGGCUCUUUUUGUGUAUGUCAAUUGGUCGCUGUUCUAUUCACCAGAGAUUUCGUAUGUCCGCCAGCGCAGGCGGACGAACGAGCCAGGUAGGGACGAGUGCAGCAUGGGAGAAGACUGA